AUGGAUAAAACGAAUCAAAUAAAAAAAAAAAAAAAAAAAGAGAACAACGCCUUGCGUGUAGAAAAUGAAGGAAUGAACAAAAUGAUAAGUAAGGCAAAUGAGAGGACAAACUCCUUCACCAACAACAAGCUGGGUCACAUGAAGGAAGGAGAUACACACGAAAAUGACAAAACGAAAGAACCCAUCUCAGAAGGAACAGAUAGAAGUGAACAAGUAAUGAACAGUCAUAGGUUCCCCCUGCACAGUGACGUAUCAACACCGAAGAGUGAAUUCUACGAAAUGGAAUUACAAAACAGAAGCUACGAAAACAAUCGAAAUGCAUACCACGCCUUGUCUACACCAUUUAGCACAGAAAUGGAAAAAAAAGGAACAAAGAACACACUCCUGCAGAGUGUAGGAUCUAUAAAAGGAACUGCACUAAACAAUAUGAAUGGGGAUACACUGAGCAGCUACACCAUUUACCAAGGGGGAGGAGAAGAAAACGCCUUGAAAAAUUCUACUGGAAUUAGCGAAAAUAAUUCUAUUUCUAAUUGUAGUUUCCACGGUGGGAUCAUUUCAAAUGGUUUGCUAAAUGGGGAGUUCCUCAGACAGGGGGAAAUCCCCAACCGUGAUGACGGUGCUAUAAUUGGGGGAUACAAUAAUAGCAUCACCCGCUCCAACGUGAAGGAAGCUCACCUAAGUGAUAUGCAUCCCCAGUUUUACAACAGUAUGAAUAGAUCACUUAUUGGUACACACACCCAGGGGCCAGAUAAAUUGUGGCGAAGCGGCGACGCUGCAGAGAAAUUUGAACCCGUGCAUAAGGAACAGCUAGCCAAACAGACAAGUAGAAAUCUGGUAGAUGCAAAAAGUGCGUUCAACAGAAAUAAUUUACUUGCCCAACAGGGGAGAGAAAACACAAAUCAAGGGAAUAGCAACCUUUGUGAGCAAAAAUGGCACGUCAAAAAUGGAAACUCCUUCCUCAACAGGAGGGACGAACAUUUGUUCGCUGCUCAGUGCACGACCACCAUGGAUUAUCCCAACAGUGCGAAUGAUCUUUUUAGUGUGAACCCAAAAAAUGCAUCCACACAGGGGGGGAGCUUCCACAUCGGUAACACCCACGGGCGGAGCGUCACCCCAGGGGGGGACCCACCAGGGAGAAGUGCCCCUCUGCUGAAAAGUGCCACCACGUAUAACCCCCCUAGGGGGAAUUAUCACCUUUACGGCGAAGUGAGCAGUCCCAACUGUAGCCAGCUCUCCUACAUGAGCAGUCAGGCGAUUAACACAACUCCACCAUGGGAUCAUGACAAACGAACAUUGGGACAAAUGGAGCAACGCAAUCCAAGCCGCGGUGGUGUCCACCCAAGUAGUAACAAUAAAGUAAAAAAUGCCAGAUUAAACGAUGGGAAUAUAGGAUUGUAUAGGAAGAAAAACCACAAGGUGUUCGUAAAAAAAACCCCAAAUGUUAGUGAUGAUUACAAUUCGCGCAAAAACUGUGUCAUGAAGAACACAUGCAGUAGUAAUAGCCCCAGCAGACAUAACAGCAACAAAAAGAACAGCAGUAAUGUUUUAAAGUUCAUCAUCCCGGUUGGCAGCCUCAAAAGGGGAGGAAGUCCUAGUGGAGGACUCAACCCGAGUUACGGGGAUACAAAUGAGGAAAAGGAAAAAAAAAAAAAAAAUUCCAAACCGGGGGGGGAUAAGCAGAUCACCUUCCCCGUCACACCUAAGGCGCAUGAAGGGGAAAGAAGCAGAGACAAAAAUGUGCAAAUGGUGCAACCCGCUUAUGUGUCGAAGGAGAAUGGUGAACCCACCUGGGGAGGCUUAAACGACGCAGAAGGGGGAUCCUUCCAAUCUGCUCAGUUUGGCCAAUCGGACUACGCACCCCCCUCUUCACGGAGAAACGUUAACAGAGGCUACUACGCGAAGAAGGGUAACCUAACCUAUAGCGGUCUGCUAACCUCCAUGGUGUCUUCCAUACUAACGCAGCAAAAUGAGAGGCAGUCCCAAGAAGACAACUGCUUUAGUUACGCCUGGAAGGGUAGUGGGUACGAUUAUGCGUUAUUGCACCAGAUGGAGGAUGCAACCGGUGGGGAAAAAAAAGAAAAAGACGAAAAUAAGGGUGAAAAUGAUUACCAAUUUUCCACUAAAAUAAUACAGCAACUGAGGAGUAAAGCGACAAAUGAACAUAUUUUGCAGCUAACCCUAAUCCUGAUGAUAUGUAUCUCCGUCCUUUGCAAUUACGACCAUGGUGCAAUACCCGUCACGUUGGAAGAAAUCCAGAAAGACUUUCCACUGAGUUAUAUAGAACAGUCCCUCCUGGGAAGUUUAGUGUACUUUGGUUUAAUCAUCGGGACGAUAAUAGCAAGUGUCCUUUUUGAGCUCCUCACAGCAAAGCUACUAAUCAGUAUAAGUACCCUCCUAUUGUCCAUAUCCCUAUACGUCUUCAGUCACGCUAACUGUAUCACCUUUAUGUAUAUUUCAAGAUUCAUAAAUGGGUUGUGUCAAGCUAUCCCAGUUGUAUACCUUCCCGUUUGGGUCGAUGAAUUCUCACCACAUGAGAAAGCUACCCAAUGGAUGUCUUACAUACAGCUUGCUUCCAUAGGGGGGACUGUCUUUGGUUAUUUUUUGGGAGGUGUCCUUUCGAAUAGCUCCUAUUCAUAUGGACGUAAUGAAGGUCCUCUUCCGAAUGGUAUUUUUGUUACCACAUGGAGGUCUCCCUUUUUAAUUCAGGCAUUUUUACUCCUCCCUCUUUUUCUGAUUAUGCUUUUCAUUCCAUCGGAUAUGAUAAACAUCAGCUCGGAGGGGAGUGCACCAAGUGAUGGUGAUGAAGUAGGAUCCUCCUCAGAGGAGAUGAACGAACGGCAUGUUGACAACAUCCAGCAUGGACAGUGUGGAAACGAGAAGACACAUCCGCUGAUCCAGGAAUCUACUCCCCGCACACUGGACAGAAGCAAAUCCCGAUCCACCAGCAGACUCUACUACGGAGCAUCGAGUACCUCUCUCCGUAGAAACUUCAACCGAUCGGCAACCUACAUCAUGGAGAAAAAAACAAACGUACUCAGAAAAACAUUAAAGGAAGUCAAAAAAUUGCUCCACAAUAAACUAUAUAUUAUCAUAACCCUAGGAAUGAGUAACCUCUACUUUGUCGUCACAGGAAUACAAUUCUGGAUCACCGAAUAUAUGUCCGUUGUGUUGUUAACAGAAAAGAUGAAAAUCGUUACGGUGUCUACUUUAUGUUUUUUGACUUCUCCUACAUCAGGGGUUUGGUUUGGAGGGUUCGUGUGUGAUUUAUUUGGGGGAUACAAAAAUACGAAUUACUCCAGAACGAUUAAGGUGGCAACUGCCUUUGCCAUUUCUGCUUGCAUUUUUGGGAUUCUGUCUGCUCAUCUGAACAAUUUUUUUUUCUUCUCCAUUUCGCUCUGGCUGUGUCUGUUCACGGGCUCUGCGCUGGUCCCCGUUGCUGUGGGAAUGCUCCUCUCCUGCGUGAACAACCACCAGAAGAGCCUCUCCUCCGCCGUUUCUCAAGUUAUAUACAACGUCUUCGGCUGGUUCUCUGCCCCCCUACUCUCCGGAAUCAUUAUGGAUAUUAUUCACAAAUACACCAACGAUAAUCGGCUUGCUCUAAAAGCUGGAUUCACCAUGAUUUUGUACUCCAGUUUCAUAGGCUUCCUCCUCCUCUUCUACGCGAAUUUUUUGGAUUUCUCCGAUCGGAAAGAUAACGACGAGACAGUAGAGCUGGAAGAGCCGCUCACCUAG